AUGAAGCUAUUCAAGAUCAAAAGGAAAUCUAAUGUCCCAGAACAAAGUUUACCUUUGGCUGAAGGUCUAAUUGGGAUGAAGGUGGUAUCUGAUCCCUCAAAUGCUGAUCUAGACAUUGUGUUCGUCCAUGGUCUGACCGGCAACCGCGAAAGAACAUGGACUCAUGAGAAUGGGACCUUCUGGCCCCAAGACCUUCUGGCCAAGGACUUCCCCAACGCCCGCAUCAUGACAUUCGGCUACGACGUCGACGUCUUCAAGUUCACAUCGAUCACCUCCUCAGACCGACUAUAUGACCACGGUCAAUCUCUAGCCUAUGCACUUGUCAGCCAUCGAUCCGAAUGCUCGACCCGACCCAUCCUCUUCAUCGCACACAGUCUAGGUGGCUUGGUAUGUCAGCAAGCCUUUAUACUCAGCAACUCCAUAGACGGUCUAUGGGCAAUAUCCUCCAGCGCCAUUGGGAUAAUAUUCAUGGGCACACCCCAUUAUGGAUCAUCGCUCGCAUAUUACGGAGAGAAACUCGCGAAAUAUGUAAACAUGGUUCACUCCGCCAACAGGGAAAUCGUGGGGACUCUUAACCCCGGCUCGAACGAUCUACAACGUGUUGGAAACGAGUUUCAGACUAUGCUUCGCCGCGGCGACCUCACCCUCAAUAUCUUCUGUUUCUACGAAGCGAAGAAGAUGAACGACGUGGUGGGGAAAAUUGUCGAAGAGCAAUCGGCGGUUCUGCGCGGCUAUGAGAACUGCAGUAUCAACGCUGACCAUUCCAACAUGACAAAGUUCAAGGGUUGCGAAGAUGAGGGCUAUAAGCUUGCUCGAUCAGUUAUUGUACGUUGGCUUCAAAAACCCGCUGGCGAUGCGACUGUUCCAGAGAAACCUCCUGUAGAUGAUGUCAACUCACCGCCGCCUGUCGCGGGGACUCCUGCUUGGUUGCAAUCCUGGACUCCGGGAAACACUUAUUUCAAUGGGCCUGUCAAUGGCCGCCAUGUUAUGCAAGGAUUUCAAGCGAACGGUGACCAGAAUUUUGCCUUCAACUGA